ACGACAUUUUGGACACGCCAUAACGUGUUAGAACAUUUGUUGUUGUUUUCUUGACAAUCUUUUCGUUCUUGUUCAUGGCAGACAAAAGUCAACUUUGUUCAGUAUGGGUGGGAUCAGAAACAGGGAUAUUGAAAGGUGUGAGCCUAUCCAAAAAACAGGCAUUCAACUUCUGUGAGAUGAGCUGCUUGAGUCGGGACCAGGAAGUGUGUGUACUGGGCUGGGGAGAUCCACAGGAGACUGAGGUGCUGGUGGGGUCUGUGAAUGGCACAGUGAAGACGUUCAGCACAGAGAAGGGCAUCUUCACUGAGACCAGACAGUGUGGGGAGAGCACCCAUGGCAGGUUCACAGGACUCGCUGUCACAGACCGUGCUCUGAUCACGUGUGUGGAGACAGGACUGCUGAGGGUCUGGAAGGAGGGCAGCACAGACACAGUUGAAAUAAAUGCUGGGAAGAAUGUUUGUCGGAUGCGACAGAAUCCCUCGCAGCGCAAUCAAGUGGCUACAGGAGGGAAGGAGAACGGCCUGAAGGUCUGGGAUCUGGAGAGACCUGAAACACCUAUCUUCACCUCCAAGAAUGUGCGUAAUGACUGGCUGGACCUGCGAGUCCCAGAGUGGGUCAGAGACAUGGCCUUCAUCCCAGACUCAGACAAGAUAAUCACCUGCACAGGUCACCACCAGGUGCGAGUGUAUGAUCCAGCCUCUCCCCAGAGGCGUCCUGUUCUAGAGGCUCAGUUUGGGGAGUACCCCCUCACAGCCCUCUCCCUCCCUGCCAGCCAAGACAGUGUUGUAGUGGGCAACACACAUGGCCAACUCGCCAUCUUAGAUCUGCGGAAAGGCCUAGUGCGUGGGUGUUUAAAGGGGCUGGCAGGAGGGGUGCGGGGGCUUCAGUGCCACCCCUCUCUCCCUCUAGUGGCUUCUUGUGGUUUGGAUCGCUUUCUGAGGGUACACAGCCUGGAGGACCGCACUCUACAGCACAAGGUGUAUCUGAAGUCACGACUCAACUGUGUGCUUCUGUCCAGCAGAGAUCUCGAGCUGAGCAGUACAGGAGUGACCGGAGAUGUGGAGGAAGUGAAAGAAGAGGGAGGAGAACUGGAUGAGGUGUGGGACACUAUGGAGAUGAUAAAAGAGAAGGCGAAGAAAAGAGCAACAGAAGAAGCUGUUGUUGAAGAAGCAGAGAAGAAGACUAAGAAGAAAAUAAAAGUGGUCAAAUGACCAGCCGUGGAGAGCUUAAGGAAAGGACUGUUCUCUUUAUGAGAAACGCAGAAGGUCUAGAGGUCUGCUAAAGCCAGUGUUGUGGAUGUACUGACUGUUUUCCUGUUGAAUCAGUACUGGAAAUGGAAUAGCCAUAGUUUCCCAUUAAAACUAUGACCUCUCUGGAGUUGUGUGCAUGUCCUUUUGUACCAACUUCCUUGAAAUGUAGCUAACAUUAAAAAUCAUUACGUACAGAUUGAUAUUCUUUUGGCAACAACUCACAAAAAGAAACAUUGAAUUGACAAUAUCCCAGGGCUAAAACAAUUUCUCAUAUGAACUCUGAACAUGACUGUGUGUGUCUGUGAAAGAAUGCAAUGUCCCUAAUAAACAGACAGGUGGCAUCUGG